AUGAGAUUUCACAGUACGUUGUGCAUUAGCACGCUAGUUGCCAGUGUGGUCACUGCAACCAGUCCUCUUAAAGUUGACUUCGAGAUCCAAAGAGGAAACAGUCUUUCUGACUUGUCAGUCGAUAAGAAACCUUAUUUGUAUAAGAGAGAUGGUGAAGUAGGCCUCACUCUUGCAAAUUCAGUUAAUUUGUACCUCGCAACUAUCAAAAUCGGGUCUGAAGAAGACGAAGUAACCGUGCAAAUCGAUACUGGAUCAUCAGAUUUAUGGGUCAUGGCCAGUGAUGUUGAAUGUUUUGUUCCAAUUUCAAACUACAAAAGAGACGAUGAUGAAUUAAUUCUCGAAAGACGUGACGACAAAAAGUCCAAAAGUGCCAGCUCCUCUGAAGCACCUUCUACAACUGAAAUAGAAUACUUCGAACCACAAUUCAGUUCCGUGCCAACCGGUACUGAAGCCGGUGAUAUCGCAGAAACAAACACAUGCAUUGCAUAUGGUUCUUUUGCAACUGGUUCUUCAUCUUCUUUUAAGGUUAAUGAAACAGUCCCAGACUUCUAUAUUGUGUAUGGAGAUUUAACAGGUGCAUUCGGAGUUUGGGGUCAGGAUACAGUUGUUAUUGGAGAUGCCGCCGUUGAUUCUCUUUCAUUCGGUAUUGCCAACCAAACAAGUACCAAUAUUGGUAUAUUAGGAAUUGGCUUGCAGAAUUUGGAAUCAACAGUAGAUUUACAAAAUGAUUCUAUCUCUUACACUUACGAAAACUUACCAGUAGCUUUAAAGAGUCAAGGUUACAUUGAAAAAAUUGCAUAUUCACUCUUUUUAAACGAUGAGAAUGCUACAACUGGCUCAAUUUUGUUUGGAGCAGUUGAUCAUGCCAAGUAUACUGGCCCGCUUGUUACUGUACCUCUCCUUACCAAUCUCAGUUAUGAUCCAGGUCAAAUGCACUUUUUAGUUGACAGUAUUGGCGUCGAUGUUGGAAACGAAUCCCAUUCACUCACUGAUAAUAAGUACACAGCAAUAUUCGACUCUGGAACAUCAUUGACUGUUUUACCAUCUUCUUUAUAUGAAAGGUUUGGGGAACUUGUAGGAGGAAAUUAUUCAGAUGAGUAUGGCUAUUAUAAAGUUCCUUGUCCUAGCGGAGAUGAAGAAAUUAACUUGGUUCUUAAUUUUAGUGGUGCCAUACUUACUGUUCCGUACUCUAAUUUAAUCAUGAGUGGGGAUGUAGAUUAUGCCCCAACUAGCACCUGCUUUUUGGGAACUCAAAAUAGCUCAGAAAGCUACACAGUAUUUGGUGAUAAUGUAUUAGUCUCUGGUUAUUUCGUAUACGAUCUCGAAGACUUGACCAUUUCCAUUGCUCAAGCUAAUUACACUGAUGAAACUGAUAUUGAGAUUCUUUCCGGAUCAAUCCCAGGUGCCAAAGAUGCUCCUUUGUAUUCUUCGACAGAAUUCAUUGAUAGCGUUGCUGAAUCGUCAGCCACAUACAUAAUCUCUUACGAAACAGCAAGCUUCACCCCACCUGACAUAGCUUAUAUUAGUAGUGGAAUAUUCAACCCAAAUCUGACUAUUAGUCGUCCUGGUACAUCUUAUUACUCUGAAACAGAAGAACUGAGUACAAGCCAAACUGGAAAAGCAUCCUCUUCUCCAAUCAAAGCCUCCGGUGUUUCAGUUCCAUUGCAGUAUUCCUUAGUUACCCCAUUCGCAUUGAUGGUAAUUUCGCUCAUGGUGGUAGUAUCUCUCUAG